GGCCCCGCCCCCGCGCCUCUCCGUCCGCGGAGCCCGCACGGCCUCCGGGACCCGCCAGUGCCCAGGCUGGGGCUGCUGCCAGCCGCUCCCGCUCCCGCUCCCAGCCCGGCGGGCGGGCCAUGCCCCGGGCUCCAGCCGCGUCGCGCACCCAGGUCCGGCGAUGAGGAGCGGCGCCGAGCGCAGGGGCAGCUGCGCCUCAGCGCCCCCCGGCUCGCCACCCCCCGGCCGCGCGCGCCCCGCCGGCCCCGACGCGCCCCUGGCCCCGCAGCCGCCCGCCGCUGGCCAGCCUCGAGCCCGGGACGCGGGCGAUGCCCGCGCGCAGCCGCGCCCCCUGUUUGCGUGGAGCAAGUGGAAGAAGAGGAUGAGCUCGUCCAUGUCGGGGGCCCCGGCGCGGAGGCCCGUGUUUGACGACAAGGAGGACGUGACCUUCGACCACUUCCAGAUCCUGCGGGCCAUCGGGAAGGGCAGCUUCGGCAAGGUGUGCAUCGUGCAGAAGCGGGACACGGAGAAGAUGUACGCCAUGAAGUACAUGAGCAAGCAGCAGUGCAUCGAGCGGGACGAGGUCCGUAACGUGUUCCGGGAGCUGGAGAUCCUGCAGGAGAUCGAGCACGUCUUCCUGGUGAACCUCUGGUACUCCUUCCAGGACGAGGAGGACAUGUUCAUGGUGGUGGACCUGCUGCUGGGCGGGGACCUGCGCUACCACCUGCAGCAGAACGUCCAGUUCUCCGAGGACACCGUGAGGCUGUACAUCUGCGAGAUGGCGCUGGCCCUCGACUACCUGCGAAGUCAGCACAUCAUCCACAGAGACGUCAAGCCCGACAACAUUCUGCUGGACGAGCAAGGACACGCGCACCUGACCGACUUCAACAUCGCCACCAUCAUAAAGGACGGGGAGAGGGCGACAGCACUGGCUGGGACCAAGCCAUACAUGGCUCCGGAGAUCUUCCAGUCUUUCGUCAACGGUGGGACCGGAUACUCCUUCGAGGUGGACUGGUGGUCGGUGGGGGUGAUGGCCUACGAGCUGCUGCGUGGAUGGAGGCCCUACGACAUCCACUCCAGCGACGCCAUGGAGUCCCUGGUGCAGCUGUUCAGCACUGUGAGCGUCCAGUACGUCCCCUCCUGGUCCAAGGAGAUGGUGGCCCUGCUGCGGAAGCUCCUCACUGUGAACCCCAGGCACCGUGUCUCCAGCCUCCAGGACAUGAAGGAGACCCCCUGGCUGGCCAACGUGCUGUGGGACGACCUGAGCAAGAAGAAGGUGGAGCCGGGCUUCGUGCCCAACAAAGGCCGCCUGCACUGCGACCCCACCUUCGAGCUGGAGGAGAUGAUCCUGGAGUCCAGGCCCCUGCACAAGAAGAAGAAGCGGCUGGCCAAGAACAGGUCCCGGGACAGCAGCAGGGACAGCCCCCAGUCCGAGAAUGACUACCUUCAGGACUGCCUUGAUGCGAUCCAGCAAGACUUUGUGAUUUUUAACAGAGAAAAGCUGCGGAGGAGCCAGGACCCCACGAGGGAGGCCCUGCCCGCUCCCGAGGCUGGGGAUGUGGACGGUGAGGCCUUGGCGGAUGGUGAGGACGCGAGCCCCGCCCUGCCCGUGUGCGGCUCCAUCUGCCCCUCAGCGGGGAGCAGCUAGGAGCCCGCUGGCCCUGGGGAGGUAACUCAGGCUGCACUGGGGACUCAGUGCACCAGAGGGACAGGCCAAGCAACAACGUUCCCACUGAGCAGCCCGCUGGUCCGAGCACAGACCCCGGCUGGUGGCUCUGCUGUGUCCUGGUCGGUUUCCAGGGAACAGCCUGACCACUGAGCUGCCAUCGGCUCUCGGAGGCACACGGUGACAAGGGGCUGUCAGUGUGGCCGAAUGGUGGACAAGGCGUGCGCUGCCCCCCGGAGGCUCUGAUUAUGUGACGGUGGUCCUGGCGGCCUCCCGACCCCUCGCCGGCAGGUCACGGGCUGGGCCGCGUGGUGGACAGGCGCUCUCGUCUCUCACCACCUCUCGGCUGUACAUAGGCCUGGAGACCGGCCUGCCGUCGGCUGCCCCACCUGAGCUUGCUACCCAGAGCGUGGGAGGGGCACAGGGCCCACGGUUCUUGUACAUGAAGGGGGAGGGCUGUGGGUGGGAGGCCGAGGAUGUUUUAUAAAUACAAACUGU